ACCAGUGCUCACCUCUGAUAAAACCACGGAAACGGGAGGCGGCGGCGAAAAAUAUACAGAAAAUGGGGCUUUAAUAUAUACUCCAGGUCAAGUGACUUGAUUGUGAGCUAAGCAUUCAUGCACCAUUUGUAGUCUUUCUAAAUAUAUACCUUAAUUACGAACGAUGUAACGAGUAAGAUAUGUGUUAUAAUAGAUAGGUGUGAUAAAGUCUCGUACAAUUUGUGAGAAAUACCUGGCCAAGCUGAGGAAUAUUAAUUAAGAGACAUGCUUUACCGCUGUCAUAACGAUCACCACCGCAGUUGUUGAAUAUUUUAAAUAGUAGGACUGCAUACUGCAUGGCUUUAAUAGGGGAGUCCACCGAGGAAAUAGUGUCACACAGGGGAGGCACAUUAUGAUGGUGAUAAUUAUAGUGAUAGUUGUACAUGUACUCAGUAAGCAUACAGUGUUUUAUUAUCACCAGAUAGCAGCUGAUGAGGACAUUAAACUUGUGCUGUGUAUUCUGACUUGAUGUUUUUCAGAAGAAGUAUUAAUUAGACUGAAUACACAUAAUGUGUAAACAACAACAUGUUUCUGUCACAAAAGAUGACUUAAUCAACAGGCAUCAUCUCUACUGCUAGAGACUGUCAACAGAACCAAAUAGACAUGGAAUUAACAUUGUGAAAUGUUGAUGGAUCACUCGCAUGAUUUAAAAAAACAUUGUUUGAGGAAGUAUGAAAAUAAGUGGGUACUUUGCUGAAACACUUAAGAUAUUUGUGUGUAUCAGAAAGUCUCUCUACAGUCAAAUAGCUAGUCCGAUUUAUAUACGUGGGAGUAUUAAAUCAGGAUUUUAAUUAUCAACAAGAUAAGACGAGUCUCAUUGUGAUUAUAAAUGGAAAAAGCAGAUUAAGACGUGGAAACAAUGUCUGUCGUUACUACAUACAGUGGUUCAAAUACCGGUGGAGGUAUAACAGAGGGAUUAACUGGUCUACUUUGUGCGGAUCAGGAGAUUUGCUCUUGUGAAAGAUGUAUUUUGGGACAUGGUAGAAAUAAAAGAAAAGAAAAUUGUUCAGUUAAAAACCAAGCAGCAUGUGAGGACCCAGAAACCUGUCCAUGUGAAAGGUGUAUUUUGGGACAAAGAAAAGAAGCAGUGGAACAGAUUCGUAAUGAGCAGGCCACAACAUGUGAAGACAAGGAGAUAUGCCCCUGUGAAAAAUGUAUUAUUGGCAAGACUUCCAAGUUAAAGAAAACUCCCAUAGUACUGACAUUGGUACCUAACAAAGCUGGACAGGAAAGUUCUCUGGUACACAAGGUGCUAGAAGAUAUUGAUGACUUGAAAAGGUCAAUUUGGGCUCUGACUCCAGAUGUUGUCAUGGAGACUGUUGUUGAUACCCCCAACAGUAACCAGCAACCUUCACAACAAACAGAAGAGCUACAACUAAAAAAGUUGGCAGGAGAGGAACAUGUACAGAAACCUGUGCCUCAACACAGAAUGACAGAAGGAAAGGAUGUACCAGCCGUGCCUCAACACAGAAUGACAGAAGGAAAGGAUGUACUACCAGCCGUGCCUCUCGUACGUAAAGUCUUCAAUGCCAACGCAGUUAGAGAACAUUUCAAACAACAGCAACAAAUGUUCAUUGAGACGAAUAAAGAUACUUCUGAUUUAAAAUCAUUUGAGGAAAUGAAGGGACUCACAAACUACAAAACCAAACCAGGUCUGGUUGGUAGUACUGACAAUAUCAAGGACAUUCUUAACAAACAGUAUAAACACAUUGAUUUAGAUAGUAUUUUACCAUGUCAGGCAGUGGUCGACAACAACAUGGAAACUGACAAAACCACAAUGCCUGUAGAAUGGCCUGAACGCAACGAUGAACAAUCUCAUCAAACAUUUAUACCUCAGCAGCAUGUGGUCAAUCAUCCGCGACCUCACAGCAUUUUGAAUAAAUCUGGCAUGCAUAAAGAAAUAAACCGUUGUAAAAAGACUGUACAGUUUUCGUUAGUUAAAGACGAUAAAGAGGAUUUGCCAAGACCUGAUGAAUUAGAUGUUUGCAUGCGUGGGUGUGGACGGUUGUCAACUGCGAUGAACAGCAAGACAGCCACAGGGACUGCUGUGUGUGACAGGCUGGUGUCAGUUGAUGGCUACAGACCUGUGACAGGUGAUGAGUACAGCAAUCAUCACCCACCUUCAGCUGGGUCAGGCCCAAUUAGGAAAAGUGUGCCCAGUAGCCUUGGGGGUAACAAACAUACUUGUGUUAAUAUUCCUGAGGUCAAGGAAGGCUCUGUAAUAAGCCAGGACUGCAUUGGUUCAGAUAAAAAACAGGCCACACCAUUACUACAUAGACAAAAAACAACUGAUCUGCAUUGUGUACACCCCCCAGAGGAGCUACAGACUGACAGUCGUUUCAACACUGCUGUGGAUACACAAUUAAAAUCUGAAAAAGCACAUUCAAAAAGUGAUAGCAAAAAAAAUGGCAUACAAAAAACUAUCAAAGGUUUUCUUAAAUAUAGCCAGCAUCUGUUGCUGAGUGGAGAAAGCUGCGACAUUAACAUGAGUUUAAAAUCAAAUGACGCACCGUGGCAUAGCAACAGCAGUGGUGACACUAGUACUGGUACUUUGUUAACAUCUUGUCAGAAACCAUACCCUUCGUUAUGGUGCACCAACAAAAUCUGCCAACUAGAUAAGAGACUAUUAAAACCGGAGCAAAUCACUUCUACGAAUGGCAGAAUUGAUUUCAAAAAGUCCAGCAUACUCUGGAUACAGAAGCGAGCUAAGUCAGCUAUAGAAGGGAGAAACAGCCAAUCUGGGACCGUUAAUCCUACUCAUCACUCCAUCAUUCCAUCAAAGUGGGCUGUAAGUUUAAAGUCAAACAGACUUAAUGUGACCUCUUCCAUGCCAGUCUGUAAUGACAAGGAUGAGACUGUAUCUGUCGCAGAAUGUGACAAACCGAUCACGCAAUUAAGCCCAUCACCUGAAAAUUACCUGGACGUGUGUGGCAGGCAUAACAACGUAAAUGUUACAGGUAAUGCUUACACAGCUGACAAAUGUUUACACCUGGUCAAAAAACUGUCAACAAAUUCUGACAAAUUGGUCACCUCCCUGCCCUUAACUUUUAAUGAGAUAAACCUUUUUAAACAAGACACACCAAAGGACAUGCGUUCUACCUGUCUUGUUAUAUGUAACGUGGAAAAGGGCACAGGUGAAAUUACAACAGUGCCAUAUCCAGAGGCUACUGCUGCAAAAGCAAAACAUGAAACUCCUGUGACAGAUGGAAAACGUGCUGAUAAAACCAUUCAACAGGUUGAUGGGAUAACAGUUUCAGAACAGGGAGACAAUUCAUCGGUCAGUUUAUCUGUGUCCUUACCUAACAGUCAAAUAUCUGGAGGACAGGAUAAACAUUGUCAGGGAUUACCUCUGGUCAAUGUCUCACAGACAAGAUCUACAGCUAAAUUUCCUAAUACUGCAAUCUCAGUACCCAGACCUGGAUAUGGUCAAGCUAUAGAUAAAAAGGAUUUACCAGUGGUCAAAUUGUCAAGGGAAGGAUCUGGCCUGGACAGGCCAACUGAUAGUGAGGUACCUUGGGGCAUCUCGAGACAAGUUGAAGUUCAUAUAAGUAAACCGGAUUUACAGCAGGUAGAAAAUCCAAAGAACAGAUUAAGUGUGGAUAAGUCAGCUAAUGACAAAAUAUUAGCUUUUUCAGAACAAGUUGAAACUGUUGCAGGUAAAAACGUUUCACACCUGGAGGAACCAUCCAAUGGAAACUUUAUAUUGUCACCAGCUGUGUCCCCUAAUCAUUGUGAAAAUGACCUUUCUGAACGGGUGACAGGAUUAAGUUGUAUAGCAAAGGUUUUACCUGUGGUCAGUGUGGUCCAAGUUGGACAUGUGGCCUCACCUAAUAAUGAUAUAAUAUCCCCUGCCACAUUAGCUACACCUGAUAAGGUAAACAGACUGGACAAUAGGCAGGUAAAAGCCAACGGCCAUCAGUGUAUUGAUACACAGGUCAAAGGGUCAAACUGCAUACAAUCUAACACUAAUACACACAAUAGGUCAUCCUCACCUCAGCCCAGGACUGCCUUAUCCCAGGGUAAUCAUGCCUCUACACUCACAAACACUCGUAAGGAUUCUACAACACUUCCCCAUACAAAACCAAGGAGGGUGAGCAAAGGCAAGCACACAGACAGACCUUCAACAACAAGUUUUACACAAAAUAGGAAGUCAUACUCAGAUAGUUUGGAGCAAUCCAUUAUUGAGAAUCAGUUUAAAUACACAGCCAUUCAAGGGUGUAAAAAGCCGACGCAGAUUGGUGGCCUUGACCCUGUAGGAAGAAAAGCUAUAAGUCGUGGGAGUAAUAUAAGUACAGCCACGGCCCUUUGUACCAGUGAAGGUAAACACCCGGGGUGGAAGGUGGCACACGAUUCGUCUCUCUACUCGGGUGUAAACAUGGAGGAAAGCAAGGCAGAUACAGACGGUGAACUGUCAGUAAAUUUAAAUGAGACAGAUGACAGAGUUAAGCAACAUGUGGUGCACCAAGAUCAUCAUUCUUAUACACAUACUGGCAGUUCAGACACGGAAACUCUUAAUGGAAAUGUACUUAGCGAGACUAGUGAUAUCGUUCCUCCUCUUGUGGGAAGCGAUGAGUUUGGACAGUUUGAGGAAGGGGACCCCCCUCCCUGUGAGUGUGAUGAAUGUCUACUCGACCAUGAUGAAGAUGUUUCUACUAAAGUCAAGCACAAGUCUUAUAAAAGGCAAAGUUCCUGGAGAAAGAUACGGAAUAUUGUCCACUGGUCACCAUUCAUACAACAGUUCAAAAAGCACCGGUAUCCAUGGAUACAACUAGCAGGCCAUCAAGGAAAUUUCCAAGCUGGUGAACCUGGAGGUGUUUUAAAGAAGUUUGAUCCACACGAAGAAAAGGCCCUGGUGAAGUUGAUGAAGGAUGUGCUGCGGCCGUAUGUGCCCGAGUACAGGGGCCAUGUGAUCAAAAACAAUGACAAAUACAACCAAAUGCAGGACUUGCUAUGUGAGUUUGAUGCACCAUGUGUCAUGGACAUCAAGAUGGGCACACGAACGUACCUGGAGGAGGAACUUGUAAAAGCCAGAGAAAAGCCCAAGUUACGCAAGGAUAUGUACCAGAAGAUGAUGGAAGUUGACCCGUCUGCACCCACGGAGGAGGAGCAUGCCCAGCAGGCUAUCAUCAAACCUCGCUACAUGCAAUGGAGGGAUGAGAUGAGUUCUUCCGUCAACCUUGGCUUCCGCAUAGAGGGUAUCAUGAAAAUAAAUGGAGGCUCCAGCAAAAAUUUUAAGAAAACACAAAAUUGUGAGGAGGUAAAGGAAGCAUUGAAAUCCUUCAUAGGAGAUAACCAGGAGAUUCUGUCCAGAUAUAUAAGACGAUUAAAGGCUAUCCGAGCUACUCAAGAAACUUCCGAGUUCUUCCGUUUACAUGAGAUCAUUGGCAGCUCGCUAUUGUUUGUCCAUGAUAAGUCAGAAAAGGCUAAUGCAUGGAUGAUAGACUUUGGGAAAACUAUGCCACUUCCGUCUAGUGUGAGUAUAGAUCACAGAUCGCCAUGGGUCGAGGGAAAUCACGAAGAUGGCUACACAGCUGGUCUUGACAACCUAAUCUCCAUACUGAUUGAACUCACUAAGAACACAGACAAGGCUACAAACAAUGAUCCAGAGUGAUUACACAGCAUGGCUAAUGAGAACUUUGAUCUAUACAAUCCUUAUUGACUGAGAAUUUGGGGUUUGAAACCCAUUACCUAAUUAAAUGGAACCUGACAUUGAUGGACCUAUACAAUAUUGCUACGGUUUCUAGGACUGUUAUCUAGAUUAAUGGUAUUUCUGCUUCAAUGUACCAGAAUCCAGGUCGCUCAUACUCAUAUCAUUUAAUGCCAAUUUAUACCAAUUAAGGUAAACUUCUGUAAAGUCUAGAUUUCUGUUACUUAACCCAGAGUUGUGGAACCUGAGAAGUUACAUAAGAGGUGCUGUGGUCUGGAAAUGGACUUUAGAUAACCUGAAAGUUAUCUUAAACAAAAACAAAAACUGAUGAUUUUCUUCUACCCUGUUGCAGACAUAUGAUAUAGUUUAAUUCAGGAGAGGUAUGGGGAUGUGAGACUGCGGACCAAAAUGUACAUCAAAUGUGCUGUAGCGACAUUCCAGUUUUGGGGACUAUAUAUUUUAUAUGUAGAUACAGUAGUUGUAUAAUAACUGUGCAAUUUGAUAGGAGGUGGUAUACAUUUUCUGCUUCCGAAAACCCGGUAAUUUAUUGUGACUGUAAAUUUUACUGGAAAAGAGCCAUUUCCCAUUGUGUGUGUCUACUUUCUGUGAGAAACUCCUGGAACCUCCCCGUUAUUUGGCACCUUUAUCAUUAACCCUAACCCUAACCCUAACCCUAACCUUUAUUCUUGCCUGGACGUUUUCCGUUUUGCCAUGGUUACUGUGUUUUGUUUGAAUUAUGUUGGGUGGUGAAUCCCGCUGUGGUAUUUUCUACUGAUUUUUGUUUUGGUGAAAAUAGAUUGAGAGCUCUGAUCAAUUGCUCUGUUCAUAUUAAGAGAGCAUGAGCCAAGUGUAAAACACCAUGUUUGUACAACACUACUGUAUAUGGUUGUAUAAUACACU